GGAGGCGUGCGGGGUCGCGAGCUCAUUCCCUCGCGGGCCUGGCCAGUCAGUCAGGUUGGACCCGUGGGCGUCGGAUUCCCAGAUAUAGAGAAUAUCCUGGUGUGGCUCUGUUUCCAGCUCUGGUUUGGCUGCCAUGUAUCACGGGCGAACUACUAGCAAAGGACCCUCUUCUGUCACCAAGAUUAACCAGCAACCUCCGCGACUUCUCAUUGUGCACAUUGCUCUACCAUCCUGGGCUGAUAUUUGCUCUAACCUUUGUGAGGCUCUGCAGAACUUUUUCUCUCUAGCCUGCAGCUUGAUGGGCCCCAGUCGUAUGUCUCUGUUCAGUUUAUACAUGGUACAGAAUCAACAUGAGUGCAUCCUCCCAUUUGUGCAAGUGAGAGGGAACUUUGUUAGGUUGCAAGCCUGCAUCUCAGAGCUCCACAUGUUACAGAAAGAAGGUUGUUUUAGACCACAGAGCAUUUCUUUGCAGCUAGCAAUAGAGGACGGACUCCAGCAGUUCAAACAAUAUAGCAGACAUGUGAACAAAGGUGCUGCUCUGCCCUAUACUUCCCUGGAGAUUACUGUCCUAACUUCUCAGCCUGGAAAAGAAGUGGUCAAAAAAUUGGAGGAAGGGUUGAAAGAUAAAGACCUACUUCAAGUCAGGAGGCUUCAAGUGGUUGAGGUUGUUAAGGGACUCCUAGAUGUGGACUUGGCAUCUCCUGUUGACGAGUCUGGCAAUGAUGAGACUUCUAUCCUAGGAACUGACAUUGACCUUCAGACUAUAGACAAUGAUGUUAUCAGCAUGGAAAUUUUCUUCAAAGCCUGGCUACAUAACAGUGAAACAGACCAAGAACACAUCCAUCUUCUUCUUCCAUCACAGUGUUUCAGCACCCUUUCCAGAACCAAGGAUAAUCCAAUGCACUUGAAAUGUGAUAUCCAGGAACGACUUCUCAGCCCGUCCCUGCUCCCUGGUACAGCUGAUGGCUAUUUGAGGAUGGAUGACCCCAAAGGAGACUUCAGCACACUUUACCAGAUGGCUUCUCAGUCAUCAGCUUCUCAUCACAAGCUCCGAGUGAUCAAGGCCCUGAAAUCUAGUGGGUUCUGCGAGUCAUUGACAUAUGGGCUUCCCUUCAUCCUUAGACCCACAAGCUGCUGGCAGCUGGACUGGGAUGAGCUGGAGACAAACCAGCAGCGUUUUCAUGCUCUGUGUCACAGCCUGUUGAAAAGAGAAUGGCUACUGUUGGCCAAAGGGGAACCCACGAGCCUAGGACCCAGCCAGAGAGACCUUGCCAGUACUUUUUAUGUGAUUGUACCAUCUCCUUCCCUCACGCUUCUGGUGAAGGCAGUAGCCACCCGGGAACUGAUGCUUCCCAGCCCCUUUCCCCCGCUGCCUGAUGACCCACCUGAAGACAGCCUUAAGAUUGUGGAGAGCAUGCUGGACAGCCUGGAACUGGAGCCCUCCUACAACCCCUUGCAGGUUUGGAGCCACCUGUACCCACACCUGAGCAGCACCCUUGUCAAGCCUCAGGGCCGGCUCUAUCCAAGCUGGGAGAGCCGGGGCCCAAGAAAGGCUGGGCAGCUGCCAACCAACCGAGUUCGAGCCGUGGUGCCCCUGCCAGUAACUCCAGCUCCAGGCAGAGCCCCCAAGAUGCCAGCAGCCAGCAAAUCUUCCUCAGAAGACUUCUUCCUGCUUUCGGAACCAGAGGAAGAAUAUCCCUCUCAGCCUUGAGUCACUGGCACCAGAGCACAGCACCACUGUUCU